CCGUGUAAGCGUCGGUCGGGUUAGCGACCGCAUGCAUCUCAAUGGCGUCAGUAAACAAAGUGAGUGUUUCAGCCUAGGAGGAAGGGAAGUGAAUGUACGAAUUCGAUAUUAGUUCGUUAUUCAGUGACAUUGCACCAAGAAAAAUGACGGGAAUUAUUGGUAGCGUGGGUGAGUUCGACUCCAAUGAAGAAACGUGGGACUCGUACAUAGAGAGGUUUGAACUAUUUUUAAGUUGUAAUGAUAUCGAUCAUUCUAAGAAAGUGAGUACCUUGCUGACAGUGGUAGGAGUAAAAACGUUCAAGCUAUUACGGGAUUUGUGUACACCCGAUAAGCCUUCUACAAAAUCGUACGAUGAUUUAGUGAAGCUAAUUAAUGACCAUUUAUAUCCGACUCCAUCUUUUGUAUGUGAAAGAUAUAAGUUCAGUUUACGUAACCAACAUGACGGUGAAAGUAUAGCUCAGUACAUUGCUCAAUUAAAAAACUUAUCUAAAUACUGUGAGUUCGGUGCUAGUCUAAAUGACUAUUUGAGAGAUCGUCUUAUUUGUGGAAUCCGUUCAGAAUCUACUAAACAAAGACUUUUGUCAGAAGCUAAUUUGACCUUCGACAAGGCUGUUCAACUGACAUCGCAGAUUGAGAUGGCAGAGAAAAGCGCGGCAACGUUGGCGUCAGGCAGCCAUGACACGCCAGCCGUCUCCGUUCGCAGCGUCCAUCGGCUAGCAACGUCAUCGGCUAGGCGUCACUACAACGGACGUGAGUCAGCGCCGAGCGGGAGAGACAACGCUUCGCGUCACCACGCCACACCGAGUACCACACACGCACAUCAGUCCAGCAGCACUAGUGUAGUGAAGUGUAACUGUUGUGGCGCCGUAGGUCACUUCAGUAAGCAGUGUAAAUAUUACGGUUGUGUUUGCCAUAAAUGCGGCAAAACAAAUCAUUUAAAGAAGGUAUGCCGAUCUCAGGCUAGGGUGACAGAUCAAACAGCUGAGGUAAUAACAGCUGAGAGCCAGCAGACAGCACGCUCUGACUGUGCAGACGACAAUCCAGUAGGCAGUAACCGCACAGCUGAUGCGCCGCGGCAUUCUAUUUCUGUCCGCCCCAGUACAGCUAUGUCACCCAACGCUUCUCAUACUCACACUACCUACACCAGUCCUAUUACUCAGCGUUCACCACUUGCUCGUUCCACUCCUGUUUGCAGGUAUCCUCAACGAGAGCGAAAGCCAAUUACAAGGCUAGAUUUGUAAUAGUAGUUUAGAAGUGUAUUACGGAUAAUGAAUUUAUGUGUUUUAUUCCAAUAUUUUAUUUAUAUAAUUAUUCCAAUAGUUGAUAUAACAAUAUUCUUCUCAUUUUGUAUUAAAAAAUGGUAUUACAGGUUAUGUGCUUAAGAAUUUAUGUUCAAUUUAUGUAAUUGUUUUUUAAUGUAACAAAAUUGUGUGUCUAAUUAAGAAGGGAGGGAUGUGAUAUCUGUGGUAUAUUAUAUAGUGCAGGACUAUAUCUAUUCUUACAGUGUAUGUAAUAUGUUGGCAAUGGAUAUCGUAUGAAUAAAUCCUAUUGGCCAAGGGAUGACGCUCCCCCCUCCUUGUCCUACCACCACCUCUAAAUACCUCAGUCAUGAACCGUAACCUCGAUACUCCGGUCCAGUGUGUUAUUCCCACGGCCGUUAUUAUAUACUAAAAGUAGUUUCAUUCACCCAGUUCCCGUUGAGUAGUACAAGAUAGUACAGUGGGCAAGAGGAAGAUGAAAAUGUCACUGAAUAAACCAAUAUAUAUGACAAAUUAGUAUGAUUUGUUUCAUGUAAAACAAACCAAUGUUAAUAAAUUCCUUAUGUAAAACAA